UACUCUGGGGAAAUGGGAACACGUUACACGACCCUUUAUAAAAGAGUUUCCCACCUUCAAAAGCGUACCCAGAAUGCCAAUCUUUGAAUUCAUCAAAUCAACCACUCGUGGUUUUGAACCAAAUUAGCUUCUUUUUUCUAAUUAUAAACGCGUUGUUUGAAGGUCAACUACUGGAAAUCAUGUUUCCUUUUUAACGUAUAUAUAAGCCAAGCCAGGCAACCUUAACUUGUUAAGACUCGAGUCAUACUCAUCUAGCUUGUACGUAGGGUGGGUUGUUGGUUGAUUCAUCCAUUUAGAAUUCCGUUGGGACUGAAAGAACAAGGACAUCUUUGAAACAUAUUUUGCUGGUGUCUUAAUCAUUUUGGGCAGGCGUUCAUUUUCCUUCCAACAUAUUGAGUUUCGUGGUGCUUCUAAAUCUAUGGGUUUGGCCUACAACAUCGGUUUGAGCCCCAAAGGUGGACGUGCGACUUUGAGAACAGACAGCUUUAAGAAAACUGAUUCAGAAACCUUGAGCCUGUCGGGUUGUUGUAAUAAUACGAGAAGUAAUCAUUUAAGCCGCUUAAGCGAUUGCAAACCCGAAAAUGUUGUUCUCGAAACUGGUCUUUCAUUCAAGAGUCUUGCUCAAGAAAAGGAGAACAUAGGUACUAACUGCAAUGGAUUGAAACAUAACCCAAUUCCAACACUUUCUCUGCCAGAACAGGCAGUAUUUUUUUCUCCGAGACCCAAAAGUGAGCUUGAUGCUGCUGCGGUUAAGCUCCAAAAAGUCUACAAAAGUUACAGGACUCGAAGAAACCUUGCAGAUUGUGCAGUGGUUGUGGAAGAGCUAUGGUGGAAAGCAUUGGACUUUGCUGCUCUAAGGCGUAGUUCUGUGUCAUUCUUCAAUGUUGAGAAAACGGAAACUGCUGUUUCGCGGUGGGCGAGGGCAAGGACAAGAGCAGCCAAGGUUGGAAAGGGCUUGUCCAAAGACGAGAAAGCUCAAAAACUAGCUCUGCAGCACUGGCUUGAAGCUAUUGACCCGCGCCAUAGGUAUGGGCACAACCUCCACUUGUACUAUGAUGUCUGGUUUAAAAGUGAGAGCACUCAACCAUUCUUCUAUUGGCUGGAUGUUGGAGAUGGAAAAGAAAUAAACCUAGAGAAAUGCCUGAGGACUGUUCUGCAACGCCAAUGUAUCAAGUAUCUUGGACCAAAUGAAAGGGAAGCAUAUGAAAUAAUAGUUGAAAAUGGGAAGCUUGUUUACAGACAAAGUGGACUGCUCCUGGAAACCGUGGAGGGUUCUAAGUGGAUAUUCGUUCUCAGUACAACAAGAGCUUUGUAUGUGGGUCAGAAGAAGAAAGGUGUGUUUCAACAUUCGAGCUUUCUUUCCGGGGGUGCCACAACAGCAGCUGGAAGAUUAGUGGCCCACGAUGGGGUUCUUGAGGCUAUUUGGCCAUACAGUGGUCAUUAUCACCCUACAGAAGAGAACUUCAGGGAAUUCAUUACCUUUCUUGAAGAGAACCAAGUAGAUCUCACCAAUGUGAAGAGAUUUGCAAUCGAUGAUGACAGUGUAUCAUUUAAGGUCACUGGUGAAGAGCCAAACCCAGAAUCAUUUAUGGGGCGUGCUAAAUCUAUGCAAUCAGAGGAUUCAAAGACAAUGGCCCGAGAGGAGAUUAGAAUCAUAGCCGCAAAUAAGAAUGCUAACGUGGGUGUGCCACCAGUUUUCGCCUCAGCCAAGCCCUUGUCUUGCAAAUGGACGACAGGGCUUGGACCCCGAAUUGGGUGCGUCCGGGACUACCCUACAGAGUUACAAUCGAGAGCAUUGGAACAAGUUAACCUAUCACCAAAGCUGCCAUCAGGACCUCUCCACAAAUACGGUCCAAUUCCUUCCCCACGGCCCAGCCCAAAGGUUAGGAUGUCCCCCAGGCUUGCAUCCAUGGGACUCCCAAUGAGUCCCCGGACCCCUAUUCCUGCAGCUAACUAAGCCAAUUCAUCGAAGGGGAAUGGCUCAAGGGCACUUCUAGUAACAACAUUUCCAGCAAAUGAGGGGACAAAGGGGCUAACUCUUUUUUUAUUCCCCUUCAUGAUUUUAAUAUCAAUUUAUUUUCUUCCUCACAAUUUAUUGAUUCAUUUUUUAGAUGGCUUAAAUGGGCCAAAUAUGUUUUUUUUCCUUCCAAUUUUGAUUCAUUGAGGGUUUCAUUAUUCUUUGUUGUAAACAGAAAGUUGAGGUUAUAAAAUAUAUAUUAAUUCUAUUAUUGUUCUCC